UUUUUUUUUUUUUUUUUCUUUGCGUCGUUUGGAACUGCAGGUUAGGCACGCCGCAGGAAGGGAAGGAGCAGGAGGAAAAGUCACAUCGCAUAAAGUAGAAGAAGGAAAGAGAACACAUCAUGGCCCGAACCACAAGAAGGCGCCAGGCCGAGGCUCCCUCAACAACACAAUCCAUCAGCAGCUUCACUCGCGUAUCCAAGAGCCAGGCUUUCCAUGGUGCAGCCUCCAAGAAGGCGGUCAUCGCCAACCCGGAACCGACAUCUUCACGGAAGAGGAAGGCCGCAGUCGAUGAGGCCGACGCCAACCACCCUCCUCGUGUCACAAGAAGGACCGUCUCAUUCACUCCCAGCAGCGAUGAAGAACCAGUGCCUGCAACACCAGCCAAGCGUGCUCGGAGAGGAGAAUCCACCGCCAAAGUGGCCAUUUCGGCAGUAGCAGUGCCCGCUGCGAAGCCUGCGCCAAAGACCCCGGUCAAGGGAAAGAAGGUUGCCAAGUCAACGCCCUCACGAGCUGCUUCUGCGCAUAAGCCCAGCGAGUCGACCAUCAUUGCAAAGUCUAAGCAAGGCGGCAAGACUGUGCAGACAAAGCUUGAGGCGUAUCGCGUAACUAGCCACAAGAAGACAAAGGAGGCUGAAAGCGAGUUUAGCCCAGAGCUGGUCGAUCUGAUCCGCCUGCACAAGGCCUUCCUUAAGACUAUUGCUCUCCAGAUUGUACACAACGGAACCAUUGUGCCCAUUGAUAUUUCGUCUGUGGCUCCACACAUCUCCCGUACCUGGGGCAAGCGACAGGUCACGGUUGACGACAUCCGAGUAUGCAUUGCCGUCCAGACAUCGACACGAGACUCCAGUGUGGUUUCUCCCUUUAUUGUAUCCGACUAUGGCCGUGGAAAGAUUUGCAUAGAGCUGCAUCCUGACCACAACAAUGGCGCAGUAUCCAUCAACGAAGAGCGCCUUUGCAGGCAGUUUGAGGAGAACCUUCGAGCGUUCUGUGCUGGCCGAACACAGGACAAUGUGACCGACGUGGAUGUGCCUCCAGCCGGCUUAUCUCUGAAAGAACUGCCUCGCGCUGAAAUUAGGAACAUGGACAACAGUAUCAAAAUCAACCCGAUCCUGAAUAAGGGACACAAUGCUCUAUCGGCGCUCAAGGAAGGAAUAGUUGCGAAGCAGCAAGAAAAAGAGGUCAAGCAGCAGGCUACCACCGCCAUGGUAAAUCCCGACGGUACCAAGAUGAGCCUGUUGGAUCGUCUACGACAUAAGCAGCUUGCUAAAGCCAACGGACCUCUCCCCCCAUCCGAACCGGAGCUUCAGCGUCGAGCUGCUUUGAACCGAGUCACCGACGUUUGUGCUACCAUUUCCAUGCUCAGCUUGUCCAACCCGGCUUCCCUGCCGAGGCAAGCUUUUACCAUGACACUCAUCUCAGACAAGCUUAAGGAUUCUUUGCGAGUACCGCUUUCAAAAGAAGAAGGAAUGAAUUGUAUCCGAUUAAUUGCCAAUGAAAUCGCUCCGGAGUGGCUCAAAGUUGUCACCAUUGGCGGGAGAGAGAAUGUUGUGAUCCAAAGAGGCCUCCAGCCUGUUGAUCGUGUGAUUCAGGAGCGAGUACAGAAGCUACUCGCGUGAUGGAGAACAUUUGCCUCGACGCUUGUUUGCCUCAAAAUUUAAUAACCACACUGCUCAAAUACCGAAAAGCAUUGUAUAUCUUAUAUUAAAGGAGGGUUCGAAGAGGAUCCGAAGAGUAUCUUUGUUGCUUUCAACAUUGCAUGGCGCUGCGUUUUCGUUGGUAUCACAUAUUUACACCACAAAGAAAAAAGGUCUACAAAGCGAAUGUAGAACAUGAUGCAUGCAUUGGCGUACGGGUUUUGGGGUUUUUUUCU